AUGGCAUCCUACCACACUCGAUCUUUCAGUUUUCCCUCAAAUUCUCACCCGGUUGUUGAUCAGUUAAACGAAGAAUUGUGCAGAUUGAGGUCAUCUCAAGGUGCCUCAACUUCAUCAAUGACCAACAAACUUACUGGCCUUAAAGAUUUAUACAAGUGUGUUGAUGAGUUUCUCCAACUCCCUCAAUCUCAAAUCAAAACAGGUCUUGACGAGGUUUUGGAUGGAUCUCUAAGACUAAUCGAUAUCUGUUCCACAUCUCUGGAUGUCUUGGUACAAUCAAAGGAACGACUUCUAGACAUACAAUCAGUUCUCCGAAGAAGAUGCAAUGGUGGACUUAACUUUACCAAUGAAUUUUCCGAGUACAUUAAAACCCGAAAAUUAGUUAAGAGGGUAGUCAAAAAGUGCUUCAAAGACAUUCAGGAAAUAGUAAAGAUGAAUGAAGCUAAUGCUAAAGAAAGCAAGUUGAAAGAUGUUCAAUCAGUGACAGUUGAUGUCUUCAAGUCAUUGUUGUCAUACAUUGGUGGAUCACAAAAAAGUAACUGGUCUUUCCCAAAAUUUGUGCAUGCCAAAAAAGCUGAGAAGGAAACAGAAUCCAUCAGUGCAUUUGAUACAGUUGAUUCUAGUGUUGAAUUGUCACAACUUAUCAAAUUAGAGUCUGAAAUUCAACCUAUUGAACAAGAUUUAGAAUGCUUGUUUAGGCUUUUGGUUAAGACCAGAGCAACUCUAUUGAAUGUGCGGCCAAAAAUUAGUGAAGUAAACAACAUCAGUGAAUUCGAAGCGGUGGAUGCUUCUAGGAAGUUGAUAUGCCAGAACAAGAAAUUGCACAUUGAUUUGUCACUAAUGGUUAAGUUGGAGUAUGAAUUUCACCAACUAGACGAAGUUUUGGAAUGCUAA